CGGCAAAGUGGGCGGACCGGGUGAGAGACUACACAUGAGCAGCUCAGUGAAUCCGGUGUACGCGCUAUAGUACGGAGGCUUCAGCUGGCAGCUGUUUCACAUUUUUAUGGCACGUGAACACGGUACCGCCCUCACUAACAUCUGGAGCUCGCGCUUAACAGGGAGACCACUCUUCCUUGUGGCCGCGUGAUGAGGCAGGUAGAACUUAUGUAGGGCAGUGAGCGUUUCACCGGCGGGGACCCCUCUGUGCUGUACUCGGCAGAAGGAACCGGCCUCAUCUUGAAGCUGGCAGGUGUCAGGAGAGGCAGCGAGCAUGGAUGAGCCGAGCAGCGGGAACAGCAGCCUCCAGAGGAAGAAACCACCAUGGCUGAAACUGGACAUCCCAACCAUCCAGCUGACACCGGAUGACACGCCAGCACCCAACCAGCCAGCGAGGCGCCUGCGCAGCGUCAGCAUGCCAGGGGAAAACCCUCAGACUUGCAUUGCUGCCUUGGAAACUUCCAACAACUACCUCAGACCUCCUGCGGAGAGAUUGCCCUCCAUCACUCAGUCCAUUAAAAGUGAGAAAAGGGUGCACUUUGAACGCAUCAACACCGUUCCCCCAAAGGGCCAGAGGAGCCCCAGGAGGGUGUCAGCCAUCCGAAGGCGGUCCUGUAUCCCCAAGAUACUGACCCGGCGGCGUUCAUCUAUACCAAAACAAAUCAUCAGGGGUACGGCUGACUGGUUUGGGGUGAGUAAAGACAGCGACAGCACCCAGCGAUGGAGGAGGAAGAGCCUGCAGCACUGCAGUCAUCUGUACGGGGGUCUGAAGACGCAGGUGAUGAGGGAGAUGGAGCUUCACAGCCAAGACAAUCUCUCCCUUGCCAGCACUGAGACCCCUCCUCCCCUCUACCUCCCACCCCUCCACCCCAGUCAUCACCACUAUGGCAUGCAGAGGAUCGUGGACCCCCUGGCUCGGGGUCGUGCCUUCCGCAAUGUGGAAGAAGUAGACGGCUUGAGCGCCCUGCAAACUCCCAUGACGCCCGGCACAGCUUCCCUCUGCUCAUUUUCCAGCUCCCGCUCCGCCCUCAAUCGUCUCCCACGACGACGCAAGCGAGAAUCUGUCGCCGUCAUGAGUCUCAAGGCGGCGGCGGCGCUAAUGAAGGGCCGGACGUUAGGCGAGAGCACCGCUGGGCGGCGCCGCAGACGGAGUUUCAUGCCUCCUAGUUUCUUCGAAGAUGACACUGCGGAUUUCCCCGAUGAACUAGAUACUUCUUUCUUCACCAGAGAAGGCCUGCAGGAUGAGUUGUCCAGCUAUGCUGACGAGGUUUUUGAGACUCCAUCGGAGGCUGCCCUCAAACAGCUAGAUGAGAGCGAGCUCACGGGAAGCGCUCUGGAUAGGAAUGAACUAGAGAGGAGUCAUCUCAUGAUGCCUUUAGAGCGAGGGUGGCGGAAGGCAAAAUCCGGCUCUGCGGUCCAACCCAAAGUCCGCCUGAAACAGGAGGUGGUGAGCGUCAACAGCCAUCAGCAGCGAGGGCAAAGAAUCGUGGUUCCGGUUAAGAAGCUUUUUGCCAGAGAGAAGAGGCCGUACGGGCUGGGCAUAGUCGGACGUCUCACUAACCGGUCGUAUCGCAAACGCAUAGACAGCUACGUCAAGCGGCAGAUUGAAGACAUGGAUGAUCACAGGCCUUUUUUUACCUACUGGAUCACCUGCGUCCACCUGCUCAUUACCAUUCUGGCUGUCACCAUUUACGGUAUUGCCCCUAUCGGCUUCUCGCAACACGAAACUGUCGACUCAGUGCUGAGGAACAAGGGGGUUUACGAAAACGUGAAGUUUGUGCAACAGCAAAACUUCUGGGUGGGUCCGAGCUCUGAAGCGCUGAUUCACCUGGGAGCCAAGUUUUCCCCGUGCAUGCGUCAGGAUGAAGAGAUCCACAAGCUGAUCCAGGAGAAGCGAGCACUAGAGAGAGAAUCGGGCUGCUGUGUGAGGAAUGAUCGCUCCGGCUGCCUGCAGACUCUACAGGAGGAGUGUUCGAGCACACUGGCAGUGUGGGUGAAGUGGCCUCAGCACCCCAGCGCUCCUUCUUUGAACAGUGAACUCCGGCAACAUGGUGCCGUUUGCCAUCAGGACCCCAGCUCCUUUGACUACGAUGACCUGGAUGACUGAGAACCUUCACAGACAUGUAAUCCGAUGAGAAACUUUCACUGUGGUUUUGAUCUGUAGGUUUGCACAAGGUUCAACUCUGGGAAUCACACUAACCUCCCCCACAUUGAUUGCACCAUCACAGGCCGGCCCUGCUGCAUCGGAACCAAAGGACGGUGUGAAAUAACUUCUAGAGAGUACUGUGAUUUUAUGCAUGGCUACUUCCAUGAGGAGGCUACUCUCUGCUCACAGGUGGCCUGCAUGGACGAUGUCUGCGGUUUGCUGCCUUUCCUCAACCCAGAGGUCCCUGAUCAGUUCUCUCGGCUCUGGUUGUCCCUGUUUCUUCAUGCUGGAAUUCUGCACUGCUUGGUUUCGGUGUUGUUCCAGAUGACGGUGCUGAGGGAUAUAGAGAAGUUGGCUGGCUGGCUCAGAAUCUCUAUUAUCUACAUGCUCAGUGGCAUCACUGGCAACCUGGCCUCUGCCAUCUUCCUGCCCUAUAGAGCAGAGGUGGGUCCUGCUGGCAGCCAGUUCGGCAUCCUGGCUUGUCUUUUUGUGGAGCUGUUUCAGAGCUGGCAGAUCCUCGAGCGACCGUGGCGAGCGUUUGCUAAGCUGUUGGCCAUCUCUGUGUUCUUCUUCUCUUUCGGUUUGCUUCCCUGGAUCGACAACUUUGCCCACAUCUGUGGUUUCGUUUCCGGAUUCUUCCUGUCCUUUGCCUUCCUCCCAUACAUCAGUUUCGGCCGUUCCGAUAUGUACCGAAAGCGAGUCCAAAUCUGCGUCUUCCUGCUGAUCUUCCUGGGUCUGUUCUCCGCUCUGGCCGUUCUCUUCUACAUCUACCCCGUGAAGUGCGACUGGUGCGAGUACCUCACCUGCAUCCCCAUCACAGACAAGUUCUGCGAGAAGUACGACCUAAACGCACACCUCCUCUGACUGUUAGUCCUUGGAGUCCAAGCUGAUGUCCACUGAUAAGAUAGGAUGUGUGAAAUGGUGCUUGGUAGCACUUACGACUGAUAAAACGAUCAGUAUUUCUAGAUUUUGUACGGACUGGUGAAUUCCAGAUGUAUUUUUUCAAUAUACAAAACAUCAUGCAUGAAAGCCUUCAGGAGUUUGACUGAAUAUAUCAAUAUGCAUGGAAACAAGGAGAACAAUGGACUAAUAACUGAUCUGUGUGUGACUGAUGUUGUCCUGGGCUAAUCAAUGUCCACUUGCACUGGCCAGUAACAGUACACCUUAGUGGCCAUAUGGAAGUUUUAUUUGGUACUUUUUACCCAGCAGUCACAGCUUCCUGGACGCUCUGCCGUGAACUCUAAGGACACGAGGCUCUAAAUUCAUCAGCGUGCCUUACUGAUACAGCACAGCCUCUGACUUUAAUGUCUGUGGAAACUGCUUUCAGACACAAAUCAUGUCAAAUAUGUUUUUUACUUCAGUAUUUGGAGGCUGGAAUGCCAUUUUUGUUUAUUUGUUUACCACUCUGGAAACCACAGCCUUUAAAGCACUCCAGUCACAAAUGGAUGUUCUGUUUUUUUAAUAUUCACCUCUUUUUUUAUAUAUAUAUAUAUGUUUUCAAAAAACAACAACAAAAACAAAAACAGGUGCGCUCAAUUGUAGGAAGCUGUUAAAAGGUGAAUUUGUGUAUGUGUGUGUGUUUUAUUAAAAGUGGUGGCGUUUUAGCUACCUGGCAAUGAACA